AACAGUCGUAUAUUUGUAAUACUUUGUUAUUUAAGUGUUGACUCCUUCGUUCUGUUGUUGUUGACUUAUUAAUGACUUUCGAACUUUAAUACACAAUCAAGAAUAAUGGGUGUUGGCCUCAAACCAUUAGAGUUUACGGAUUGCUUAACCGAUAGUCCCUAUUUUCGAGAGAAUCUUCAUUAUCAUGAACGUGAAUUGGAGAAGACCAGCCAACAGAUUAAACGGCUCAUCAAAGAGGUCAAAGAUCUUUUGCUAGCUGCCAAAAAUUUGUCCAGAGCCCAGAGAGCAUUUUCCAAAACAUUGCAGAACUUUAGUUUUGAAUGCAUUGGAGAAACUCAAACUGAAGAUGAAACUCAUAUAUCUCAAAGCCUAAAGGAAUUUGGUAAACUUAUUGCAUCAAUAGAGGAUGAAAGGGAUCGCAUGCUUGAACGUGCUUAUGAUCAAAUUAUACUGCCCUUGGAAAAUUUUAGAAAAGAACAUAUUGGAGGUGUUAAGGACGGUAAAAAGAAGUUUGAGAAACAAACCAUUAAAUUUUGUCAAAGCCAAGAACGAUACCUAAAUCUGUCUACUAAAAAACAAGACAAUGUUCUUCAAGAGGCCGAUGCAACAUUGGAAAUGGCCGAAAGACAUUUUUGUCAAGCUAGUUUAGAAUAUGUGUUCUUACUUCAAGAAGUACAAGAGCGAAAGAAGUUUGAAUUUGUGGAAACUUUGUUAGGUUUCAUGUUUGGUUGGUUGACUUUUUAUCAUCAAGGUCAUGAAGUUGCAAAGGAUUUUAAGCCUUACAUGACUGAACUGCAAUUGAAAAUACAAAAGACUAGAGAAAAUUUCCUUGCUACCCGGGAUAAAACAGAAUCGCUUAUGAAUAAAAUGAAGGAUAUGAAAAAGUCCGCAGUGGAAACUGGUGUCAAUAAACUUUACACGCGAGAAGGAUAUUUAUUUCUAAUGGAGAAAAAAGCAUUUGGUACAACAUGGACAAAGCAAUAUUGUACAUAUCAGAAAGAUAAAAAGGAAUUCACGAUGAUACCUUAUAAUCAGCUAACAGGAAAGUUUAGUAGUAAAGAAAUUUUGACAUUGGCGUCUUGUGUACGUCGUUCGUCGGAUACAAUUGAGAAACGGUUCUGUUUUGACAUCACUACAAUUGAUAAACCAAAUGUUGUAUAUACAUUCCAAGCACUUUCCGAGGAAGACAGGAUAUUAUGGUUAGAUGCUAUGGAUGGUAAAGAGCCAAAUUACCCUGUAGUAGGUGCUGCAACAAAAUCUGAAGAAAAUAUUUUAGACGAAACAGGUUUCGUGUUUGUGUCAAAAUGUAUUGCAGCACUUGAAGAUAGAGGUCUUGAAGAACAAGGUCUAUACAGAGUAGUUGGUGUUGCAUCCAAAGUAAAUAAGCUUUUGGCAAUGGGUUUAGAUAGAAGGAAAUUAGAAAAGUUUAAUAUGGAUGAUCGUUUCGAAUGGGAAAGUAAAACUAUUACUAGUGCACUGAAAACUUAUCUGAGGACAUUAUCUGAACCAUUAAUGACCUUUCGAUACUAUAAUAGUUUCAUUUCAGCUGCGAAACAAGAAAUAAAAGAAGCGCGUGUAAGUGAUAUUCACAAUCUUGUCUACCGACUGCCGAAAGCAAAUUUCAAUAUGUUGAUUCUUCUCAUCAGACACCUGUGCAGUGUUGCAAAGAAGAGUGAUAAAAAUUUAAUGACAGUUGGUAACUUGGCCGUAUGCUUUGGUCCGUCUUUGUUAAGACCAGAAGAAGAAACGGUAGCCUCUAUUAUGGACAUUAAGUUCUAUAAUAUCGUAGUUGAAAUGUUAAUUGAGAAUUGCGAAAGAAUAAUUGCUGGCCCACCGCAAGAUACAAUACGCUCAACGCAGAUCACACAAAAUACCGCUCCCUCUAAAUCGCAACGUGUCAAUGUAGAGGAUGGGUCAACGUCGUCUGGAAAUGGCACUCCCUUCUUGAGAUACCCAAUGCACACUAAUAUAUCUUCGCCACAUGGACAUCUUGUCACAAGAUCUUACUACGAUGGUCCGUUAGCAGCUGUUACAAAAUCGUCCUCUGUCGACGACCGUAAAAAUGGCGACUAUGAGGAAACAGAACACACAGGUCACAGAAUGCAAACGUAUUUGGACAGCCGAAGUGGACGCGUGAAACUAACUAACGCAAAUCUUAUGUACCAUUCUGCAGAUAAAGUACUAACGAGCGGCAACACGAGCAGUUCAAGCGAGUCAAUUGCGUCUGACCCACAUUCAUUCUCAUCCGAUUUACCGGUGAAACAAAAACGUGGUUCUAUGAUGUCUGUACAUUAUCCAUCAAGCUACGCUCAACGAAAUAAUCCAUCGGUAUCUGUAGUUAAUACAUCACCUAGUAGUGGACGUUCGAGCCCUGGACAAGUACCUGGUAUUUGGAGAGUCCGUACUUUAUAUGCCUGUUUGGCAGAAAACGAUGGCGAAUUAUCAUUUGAACCAAAUCAAAUUAUUACAAAUGUAAAGGCCUCUUUGGAACCAGGAUGGUUAGAGGGUACACUAAACGGCAAGACAGGACUGGUCCCAAAGAAUUAUGUUGAACAAUUACCUUGA